UUGUUUCUGUUCCAGCAAACGGCCAUAACAAAGUUGGAGAUGUACUGUGCAUAAUCCCACCAUCCUCAGGGAGAACAAGUGUUUCCCUGCAACUGGAUUGUUCCCUGACAACGCGUGUUUCUGUGUCCUGACAUAUUGCGUAACACCACAGAGUUGCAUCUCUGGUGUCUCCCCACAGCAUUUUGCUUCCUUCGUUUCUUUCGAGUUGCUGGUGAGCUCUCGGCACAGGCCACUCAGAGGGCUCACAUUCCUGCAGUAAGCCUAUCUCAUUGACCCCCCCACCCAACACCCUAAAAAAAGACAGGACCAUCAGCAGCAUGGUAACCCUCCCCUUUCUCCCUGUCAGGCAACUUUGGUAGUUUGGAUCAGUAGAUGAACGAGGACUCUGAUAUGGCACCUGUAUCCCUGGUCUGAAGGGAUCUGAUGGAGGACAAACCAUCGAGCAAAAGCAGAUUCAGUUAAGACAUUUAAGUGUUCAUAGAGUCCUGAAACGAGCGCAGAACCAUGAGUACCUUUGGCUACCGCAGGGAGCUGAAGAAGUACGAGGAGGUGGACGAAGACGAGCUGCUGGCCACUCUGUCCUCCGAGGAGCUCCAGGAGCUGGAGAGGGAGCUGGUCGACCUGGAUGACAACGUCCCCAUCGGCCUGAGGCAGAAAGACCAGACCGGCAAAACUCCAUCAGGGACCUUCGACAGGGACGCUCUGCAGAAAUACUGGGAGGAUGAAAACAAGAAGCUGCUGGAGGACCAAAGGAUGGAGUCCAACGUCAGACAGGAGGUACGCCCAGAUAAGAGCAGGGGGGAGCCAGUGACUGUUACCACCAGCGACGGCGGCAAGACUCUUGACAGCGACAGGAAGAAGAUUUCGCAAAAGGGGAAGAAAGGUGCCUUUAGCAAAAAUGAUGCGAAGAAAGAUGAGGCGGAAAAGAAAGACGAGUGUAAAAAGGAGGCUCCUAUAAGGAGUAAAUGUCCUCAGAAGAAAAGUCUGUCCAAAGGCUUGAAGAGUGAAUCGAGGAGGACUGAAACCACAGACAAAAACCUGGAUGCAAACUCUGACAGACCUAGCGGGAACCCGAUAAUCAUCGACGAAACUCUGGAGCAGAUCUUGUGUGAUGACCCUACCGUGAUCGAAGUCAACCUCAACAACAUUGAAGAUAUUACCCAGGAAACCUUGCUUCGUUUCGCAGAGGCCCUGUGCACAAAUACUCAUGUCCACGUUUUCAGCCUCGCCAACACCCACGCCGACGACCGGGUGGCCUUCGCCAUCUCCAAGAUGCUCCGUGAGAACCGCUUCAUUAGAAACCUGAACAUCGAGUCCAACUUUGUGUCGGGUCAGGGCAUCCUGGCUCUGCUGGCGGCGCUGCAGCACAACAGGACACUAGUGGAGCUUCGCUUUCACAACCAGAGGCACAUCUGCGGGGGGAAGGUGGAGAUGGAGAUGGUCCAGCUGCUGAGGGAAAACACCACUCUGCUCAAGCUCGGUUACCAGUUUGACCUCCCGGGACCGCGGAUGACAGCGACCGGCAUCCUGACGCGCAACCAGGACCAACAGCGACAGAAGAGGCUCCAACAGAAGAAGGAAGAGAGUCCUCCAGAGGUGUCAGGACAAGGUUCUGGUUCAUCUGCAGAAAACAGACCACCAAAUAAGCCAUCACAAUGUUCUAAGACUGCUCAGAAUCAAAACAGAAAUCCUCCUCCUCCAUCUCUAGACCCGCCGACAAGGAAGAUCGCCGAAAUGGUCAAACAGCACGAAGGCUCGAACGGCACGAAGAGUCAGUCAAACCAAAGAAAACCCAAGUCAAAGAAGCUCAAGAACGGCGCCAACGAAAAAGAGAGCACAGACAUUCUUAAAGACCUGAAGAACGCCUUGAAGCCAUCACCGCAGAAGAGACGAGACGAAUCGUCACUCCUGCCACCCCCGCAGAGGUCGAGCCGCGACGACCUGAUGGCGGCAAUUCGUGGGAGCAGCAUCAGGUCCUUAAAAAGGGUGGAUCUGUCACAGGCCUGAACUCACCUACCGCUCACAACUGUUCUCACUUUGUAUUGAAAUAUUUCAUUUUUAUUUCACACUAUUUCACUUUUUAACAGUAUUUUACUUAACGUGUCACACAGCGUAGCAGCAGACUGCAUUUGUUUCAGACACUACUGUUGUAUUUUGUUACUGUGUGAAAGCUACUGUGAAUACUGAUGUGUAGAGAAAUAAAGUUUAUGUUCUGACUCAGCCUGCAUGUUUUUCACAACGUGAACUCACGAAAAGGUUUUCUGACAGCUCUUUGUUGACACAGAAACAAUGGUUUACAUACAUGUUUUCAAAUCAGAAUAAUGUUCUUUUACAUAUUUUACAGAUAAAAGUACUUUGGUUAAAAGUUGGCUUUGCUGUUUUUUUGUUUUCUGUCCAACAUGUUGGUCCACGACAGGGUUUCUUCUGGUGGCUGGCUUUGUUGAAGCUUGUGUUGUGAAUAAAUGUGUUCUCACAAGACACU